AUGGAUCCAUUUGAAGUGAGAUUAGAAUUUAUAAGUUGCUUAAAAAAACUCAAUGCGUCACAACCUUACAUCAGAAAAUGUGUAAAAUAUGCAAUUCAAAAUAAAGGUUGUUACGAAGAUUUACAUAGAUGUAUAUUGGAAGUUAUGGAUCAAUUUACCAUCUUGCCACGAUUGAAUUUGCUUUAUUUCAUUGAUGCUUUAUUAGAGAAUUCAAAAUCUAUAAAUUUCAAAGGAUAUAUUGAACUCAUUAGACAGGAUUUAAAUAAAUUAAUUUUGGAUGUUACAAGUGGACCAAAUGGGUGUGAUAUACUUAAACGAAUGGAGGAGGAUCGUGAAAGAUCUAAACAUGUUAGAGAAGAGAUAUGGCAAAUUGAUUAUUCAAUCCCAAAUUUUGAAGCUGAAAUAUUAUGGGAAUCUACUUCAGAUUUAGAUGAAAAUGAUUUUGAGUGGAUAAGAAUUCAAAAUAAAAAAUAUUUCCCUAAUUAUACUUGGAAAAAAAACUUUGGAUUAAAUGAAAACUUUGAAAAACAAGAAGAACAAAAUUUUCUCUCUACUAAACCAAUACAACCAAUAGAACCACGAUCAUCAUCAUCUUUACAAACAAACAAAAUAAUAACUGUUGUUUCUUCUCUUCCAAGCAUGUCAAGUUGUAUUGGAUCUUUUACAGAGUUUCUUGAAGAACACAAAAAAUCAUCAAUUGAACCACAGGAUUUUGUCAAAAAUCAACAACAAUCUUUUUCUUUUUCUCCAGCUCAAAUUGAUUAUACUAACCAUAAGUACCUGGGUUGUUCCUCGAUAGAAGAUUAUGAACUUACCGAUAAAUUAGGUGAAGGGACUUUUGGCGAAGUACACAAAGGAAUUCAUAAAAAAACGAAAACAGUCGUUGCCUUAAAAAGAAUACUAAUGCAUAAUGAAAAAGAAGGGAUCCCGUUGACAGCGAUUCGUGAGAUCAAGAUUCUGCGUCAGCUGAGCCAUCAAAAUAUUGUCACUCUUUCCGAUAUGGCUAUAUCUUACAAUCAUGAAGGACAAGGAACCCCACCAAUUUAUAUGGUUUUUCCUUACAUGGACCAUGAUUUAGCCGGACUUAUUGAAAACAGAAGUGUUAUUUUUUCUGCUCCUCAAAUAAAAUGCUAUAUGAAACAGUUAUUAGAAGGAACCUUCUACCUUCAUCAACAAAAAAUAAUGCAUCGUGACCUGAAGGCAGCGAAUUUAUUAAUUGACAACAAUGGGAUAUUAAAAAUAGCCGAUUUUGGUUUAUCAAGACCUGUGAGGAAUAAGAUAUUGACCGGUUGUGUAGUCACUCGCUGGUAUCGUGCACCUGAAUUGUUAUUAGGUGAAAGACAAUACACCACCGCAAUUGACAUGUGGGCCAUUGGCUGUGUUUUUGGAGAGAUACUUAUGAAAACACCUAUACUGAUGGGUAAUUCAGAUAUUAACCAGCUCGAACAAAUAUUUAAAUUAUGUGGUUCCCCGACAGAAGAGGAUUGGCCAAGUUUUAAAAAAUUACCAGUUGCAUCUGAUAUUGCUUUUCCAGAUUUUCCAAGAGUAGUCUUUCAUGAAUUUGAGCCUAGAUUUGGUACUUUGGCUGCAGAGCUUAUAGACAAAUUAUUAGUGUUAGAUCCGGAAAAAAGGUUAAGUGCUUAUGAGGCUUUGGAACAUGAUUAUUUUUGGACUAGUCCUCUUCCUGCUGAACCAUCAGACAUACCUAAAUAUGAAUCUAGUCAUGAAUACAACUGUCGUAAAGCAAAGGAUAGAAGAAAACAACAUAGAGCUCAUGUAAAAAAUGAUAAGGAUCGUCCUACUCGUAAUAAUAAUAAUGGUCAACCUGGUGGUAAUGAACCACGCCACAGAAUCAAUCCUUCUACAAAUAGAAAAAGAGUAGCGCCUGCUAAUGAUGAUGGUGGUCCCAAGAGGCGUUGCGAAACAAGAACAAUACAUCCAUUACCUGAAAAGCCUGGUGCAAUAGCAAAAGUUUCAGGAGGAUCUAUUCAAAAACUGAAUAAAAGAAAAUAA